CCGGUGGCUAAGAUGGCGACUCCCAUGCAUCGCCUUAUCGCUCGGAGACAGGCGGAAGCAAACAAGCAACAUGUGAGAUGUCAGAAGUGUUUAGAAUUUGGACACUGGACCUAUGAAUGUACAGGAAAAAGAAAAUAUCUUCACAGACCAUCAAGGACAACAGAGUUAAAAAAGGCGCUGAAAGAAAAAGAGAAGCAGCUAUUACAACAAAGCUCUGGAGAAAGUGCUACAGACAAGAAGAGCAAGAAGAAAAGGUCUAAAAGUGUGACAAGCUCCAGCAGUAGCAGCAGCAUCAGUUCCGCUAGUGAGUCUUCAUCUGAGAGUGAAGAUUCAUCAUCCUCUUCUUCUGAUGACAGUGACAGUGAUGAAAGCACUUCCACUUCUUCCUCCUCCCCUUCUUCAAGUAGUUCUUCCAGCUCUUCUGACUUUGAAACAGAUUCUAGUUCCUCCAGUAGCAGCAGCAGUACCAGCACAGACAGCAGCACAGAUGAUGAGCCACCAAAGAAAAAGAAGAAGAAAUAGUUUGAUGUGGGGUCAGAACUCUGGUGUUGGCGUUUAAGUGGUGUUUAAAAAUUGAACGGCGUUUAAAAUUUCAUUAUGACCAAACAAAAUGAACAGGUCAAUUUUUACAAUUGAAAAAAGUGUAAGUGUUUUACAUAGUAGUUGCUAGGAUAUUAAAAAGCUGUUAAAUGGCAAGUAAUGCUUAUUGAAAGAGUAUUUUUGUGGGUUAUUGUUUAAUAGGAAAUGCUACUUCAUUUAAUUUUUAAAGAAAUCUAUUAAAUGUUUAUAAGAACUAAGGUCCAGUCACCCUGAUGUUUACACGCCAGAAAGCAAACCUUUUUUCUUUGAACCGUCCUGUGUUAUGUCAUAUAGCAAUCUUUAUGCCAUGUUCACAUUGUAGGCAAAAUGGAAGGGGAUGAAUAUGAAGUUUUAUUUCAGUUGGCUGACAAUAUAAUAAAGCCAUAUUAAAUUUCCAUUAAGAUUUAUAGAAGAAAUGAUAUUGCAUCCAACAUAGAUAAAAUAAAAUUACUUUUCUCAAAUGGCUUUUCUAGGUCAAAUACUAGGUGCAAUGUCAAAAUGAUUUGUUGGUCAAUAUGAUUGUGUUAAUACAUUCUCACUUGAUCUUGUUCUGCUUAUGGAAACAGGCUUCUGUGCACAGAUUGCUGUUUUGGAUGUGUUCCCACAUAUGCAAAAGAAUGUUUUGCAGAGAACAUAGCACAGUAGUGGGCUGCACACACGUUACUGCACUUGAUCUCUCCCAUCAACUGGAUGGUCACUGUUGUUAGUUUUGAAAGUUUUAAUAGCCUUUUUGGCUUGAGGAGGCUGAUUCCAGAUACCCAUUUUUCCUUUAUAAAUGAACUGUGCUGUCAGUGCUACCAGCAUCUAUCUGUUCAGCAGCAAAGAUCCUUACAUGCAGCUGCAUACUCUCCUCAGAGCUAUGCACCAGAAUCUCUGAACCAGGGCCAAAUGCUUUAAUCCUUUUUAACAGGACCUGCGUUUAGAGCUUCUUACACUAAAACUUUUCUGAGACAAAGAUCAUCCCUAUAAAGCAUUACUUGCACAGUGCAUAGAGAGUAGCAUUAAUCAUUGCAACAGAAGUGUUUCGUCUUUGUGCCUUUUUCAUAAUGUUAAAUGUGUACUGAUGAGGAAGAUUAAAAUCCUCAUUUUAUCUUCCACAUGCUAAUUUGUGAGCCCAGAGAAAUGGUAAUAACAUGCAUGCCCUGUUUUCAAUCAGGAAGAAAAAUACUUUUGUUGGGGCUAGGUAAAAAAAAAUGUCUUUAAGUUUUUCCCCCGUGCUAUGUUUGUGGAAUUGUAAAACAAACUGGAUUAUUUGGUUGGAUAGCUUCCACUUUAUUUUUAAGUUAUAAUUGUUUAGAACUAAUCUUUGCAUAGCACAAAUUUUAUAUAAUUGUAUGAAAACAUGACGAGGACACUUACUUGCAAGAUCAUAUUGCAGUGCAUUUCUUGCUAGUUGACAGAAGUGAACAGACUUGCUAUCGUAAGGAAUUUUAGCAAUUGGCAGUAGUCACUUAAUUUGUGAUACAGUCUCCUUUUAGUUUCUUAUUGAUGGGAGUCUUUUUAAGAGGGAACAUGUUGGGGGAAUCUUAAAUAUCCUAGUCUAGUUAAAAUAUGAAUUAACUAUGGAACUAUUUUUUAUAUUUUUAUGAAAAUGUAGUGUGUAGACUGAAUUUUGAAUACAAAUGUUCUAUUUAAAUGUUUAUGUAAGUUGUGCAUUUUAGUCUGUAACCAUUUCUAUGUUUUGCAGAAUUCAGAUAAUGUAAUUCUAAAACUAUCAGAAAAUUAUUUGAGAGUCAUGCUAGAGAAUGUAUCAUUUAAGAGGAAAAAUUAAUAAAUUAUUAA